CUCAGUUAGUGUGCGCUGCGGCACCGCUUCAGCAUCCGUUGCUCUCGAUUGGGGCGCGACCAUAGGACAUGGCAUGCCACAGCUGAGGAUUAGGGACAGGCCACAUCUGGGCUCCGGCUGAGCAUGAAACUGAGGAUGAGCGUGCCUAGGAGAUGGCUUAUACGCUGGCCCCUGACUUGGCGCCAAAUAUCCUCUCUAUCUGCCUCUCGACCGCCUCAGAAGCUUGGGCACAAGGCUCUACUUGGACCAUCAUGUCCACGUUCAAGCCCCCGUGUCAGCAGGGCACCACAACAAAGACUAUUCUCAACCCUUUCUCCUGAACGGCCCACUGAGAAUAUCGUCCAGGAGCCAGCCUCAACUUUGCGCGAGCCCACCAUGCGUCCUGAGCAUCUCUUGCUGAGCAUCUUCGAGGACCUUGUUCCUCGUGGUCUUUUGCCCCGGGUCACCAAAAAGCCGCCGUCUUCCACUGCUGUAGGUCAUGGAUCGGUCUGGACUGCAACCGUAACUGUUGCGGAAUUGGGCGUUGAAGUCACGGGCCACGGCUCAAGCGUCGUGUUCGCCGAGGUUGCUGCCGCUAUCCAGCUCGAUCUGGCACUGAGAACACCCGAGGUCGUCGCCAAGCUGUCGUCUUGGCCACAGGCCCAGUUCUCACUUCCAGGUGCCAAAGACAUAAUUCAGAGUUAUUGGCAGUUCGCCUACAACUCCAAGGGCGCCCUCAAGAGGCUUGAAACGAGAUCAUACUCGGGUGCUUUUGAGGCUCGUAUCUUUGCAGGUGACGACCAGAUUGGAGUGCCUGUGACAUCGGCAGCCAAGGACUCCGCUAGAGGUAUCCAAGACCUGACCUUGGCCCAUCAGAUCAUCAGUGGCCAUCCUGAUUUGUGGCCCAUGAGCCCUGAGAAUCCAUUUCAGGCCAGUAUUGUACUCGAUCGCCCACGAUUGGAGAAGCUACAACAAUUCAUCACAGCAGCAACCGACUACAUCCGCACAACUCCCGAGCAGCUGGUACGCGGCAGGACCACACAAGAGGGAGGUCAUGUUGUAGCACCCCGACAGGAUAUGCCGGAUUUGGAAUUAUGGCUUGCCGCCUUGCCUUUCCCGCCAUCGACAUCUAAGAUGCUGAUAGUAGGUGCAAGUCUCCGCUGCUUAGAGCACGCCAUCGUUCUUGCUGCGGUGGGGAAGCAUGCCAUCUACCGAACGAAGGCCAGCCCGAGUGAAGAACACGACGGCAGCCGGGAUCCCGCCUUCCGGGAAGCGAUAGUAGGAGAUCAUCCUGAUUUGCUCUUGUUAUUUCAGCGGGUCCGGGAUGCAAAAUGGUUCGAAAAGAAGAAAAGACGCAUCCCCAAGACCGACCCUGACACCGAAGACCCGUCGCCUUCCACCAAUGCUCGAUUACCUGACCACAAAAGUCGCCAGACCGCAUCACACCACUCCACAGAACCCUCUGAGACGGCCCCCACAAACGUAGCAGCGGUGGCCAGACGCUUCGAUCUUUACGAUCCUGACGGAAUAGCUUCUGUCAGUGCUUCUGCUGAGGCCAUCGAACGCUUCAUGAUCACUGCCGGUCUUGCGGGCUAUCCAAAAACAACAUCCCAUAUCAGUGUGCCGGAGAGUGAGCUCAAGAUACGAGCAGAACCCUACGGCGGCGACUUGAGCUGCACCGCGUACAGGACGAACGUCCUGCGUCAUCUCCUGGUCCUGGGCUUCCCCGAGAAUAUCGCGCACAUUGGGCAUGGCACUUUAGCCCCUGGACAACCACCGCAGCUACGCAUUGGUUCCCGGCAAUUGUACAUAGACUCGCCACUCAAAGCUCAUAUGCCUCAGAAGCAGCUCCACAAGACAUUGGGGGCUGGUCCUAUGAUGGUCGUCACUGGGAUAACGGACGACCCCCGGGACAGCUCGCUCAGUGCUCGUUAUCGCACCCCCAUCUCCACCUGGGAAGCUGUUCUCUUGGGGAAAGACUUGAAACUUCCCGGCGGCGAAGACUCCCCUGUGGCCGGAGCUGCCCAGGUCCUCAUCAACGACUGGCUUCCGGUUCUCGUCAGGUCAGAGGUCCAGGGCGUCUCGCACGAGCAAGCCCGGGACACACUCUUCGAGGCACGCGAGGCCCUUCACCGCGCCAUCGACAAGGCGGUGUUCGACUACGUCAAGUACUCGUGGCAGUCGCCCGACUUUUACGAGUUGCUGGUGGGCCUGCCAAACGAGGACAGCCUCACGGCUAAGGCGGUGCCGAAAAAGCAGCGGGAGGGACCACCGCCAAGGAUGUAUCGCAGACGUCCGAAAAGGAAGUGAUCAAGUACAUCGAAAGCUUAUUUCGAGAGACAUUGCGCGUUCCAGUCUGGAAAUUCAGUGCAAGCGAUGAUGCCUUCUCAGUGGUCGGCAUACGAUCUGGCUUGCAUGUGUUUGCGUGGGGCAAUGCUAGCUGGUGGGAGGUGAGUUGAGACGCCCUGUCUAUGCCUCCUGCUUUCAGGAAUAUGCAGUCCGGGCAUCUGGGUCAAUCGAGCGAGCAAAUUGCGAGUCAAUGGGCUUUUCGAUCCUGCUCGCUGCCGCUGGUGCACAAACACCGGGAAAGUCAUCGGUGGCCUACCUCCGUGCCCACCGAAGCUUGUCGACCAGUUCGACGUAGCCUCUGCAGGGCAAUCUGCGGUGCCACACCCGCCCACUCCCCCCCCCCCCCGACGAUUCCGCGAGGGUGACUUGCCCCUCAGCAUGGUAUCGUAUUCCGGCGUUGUGGAUUCGACCUGCAAGGAACUACAAUACAAAGGGACUCCGGCCGAGGCUGAGAGAGCAAGGCGUAGUGAUCCUUCUAUGUGGGAGCGCGAUUUAUCGUGGAAACGUCGUCGGGCUCAACGCACCAUAUCAACUAAACAACGCUCGAUACAUUAAACCAGACAAAUAUCACGCUUUCAAUGAUCGAAAAUAGUUGAAACGAGGGUGGGGGCCGAGGCAUUCUCAAGAUCUGGACCAUGUAUACUGUAG